ACCACUGCUCGCCCCUUCCCCGCCGCGGCGCCACAGCAAUGACGCAUUAAGCUGGCGCCGCAAGAACGAGCGUGUCAGGGCGCCUGCGCGAAGGGACACGCAUGCGCAGAGGGGUGAGCCCGCUGACAGAUUCUCGAAGGCGGCGGCGGCGGCCUUGGGCCGCGGGGAAUGGGAGUCCCAGGGCCCUGACUGAGCACCGCCCCCGCCUCCCUGCCGCGACAUGGCUCAGGAGAAGAUGGAGCUGGACCUGGAGCUGCCCGCGGGCACGGGCGCUAGCCCAGCGGAGGGCGGCGGCCCGGGCAGCGGGGGCCUCCGGAGGUCUAACAGCGCCCCCCUCAUCCACGGCCUCAGCGACUCCUCGCCGGUGUUCCAGGCCGAGGCGCCUAGCGCCAGGAGGAACAGCACGACGUUCCCGAGCCGCCACGGCCUGCUGCUCCCGGCCUCGCCGGUCCGAAUGCACAGCAGCCGCCUGCACCAGAUCAAACAAGAGGAGGGCAUGGACCUGAUCAACCGAGAGACGGUCCACGAGCGCGAGGUGCAGACCGCAAUGCAGAUAAGCCACUCCUGGGAGGAAAGUUUCAGCCUGAGUGACAACGACGUGGAGAAAUCCGCCUCUCCAAAGCGCAUCGAUUUCAUUCCGGUGUCUCCAGCACCGUCACCCACCCGGGGAAUUGGGAAGCAGUGUUUUUCACCGUCCUUGCAAAGUUUUGUGAGUAGCAACGGAUUGCCUCCAAGUCCUAUUCCCAGCCCAACCACCCGGUUUACUACCCGGAGAAGCCAGAGUCCCAUCAACUGCAUUAGACCAAGUGUUCUUGGACCAUUGAAAAGAAAAUGUGAAAUGGAAACUGAUUAUCAGCCAAAGAGAUUUUUCCAGGGCAUCACCAACAUGCUUUCUUCUGACGUUGCACAGCUGUCAGAGCCCGGAGUGUGUGUAUCUUCUGAUACCCUGGAUGGAAACAGCAGCAGUGCCGGAUCUUCCUGUAACUCACCAGCGAAAGUCAGCACUACCACCGACUCUCCUGUGUCGCCUGCCCAAGCAGCCUCCCCCUUUAUUCCAGUAGAUGAACUUUCCUCAAAGUGACUCACUCGUCUUGAAUCCCCCUCCCCCAAUGGAGAGACAAAAAAAUCAAGUUAGAGCAAGCACUGAACUUUGUCGAUUACGUUGAAGCUGUUUCCUAUUUGACUCUUCCCUCUUUUUGGAAAUUCCUGAAAUGUUAUUCUAGAGAAUUUCUAUGUCAGGUUCCUGCAGAUGCCCUUGAAUUCAGUGUAGUAAUAUUUUCGGACUUUUUAUCAAUAAGUGUGUUGAAGCAUACAUUUUACGCUGCUAAUAUGUCUAAAUACAUAUGUUAUCCCUUGAUUUUUUUAAAUAAUUGAGAGCUCUAUUUAUUUAUGGGAUUAUUAAGUUCUGAUGAAAAUAUAAAUGUUGAAUUUCAGUUUAGUAAACUGAUGUUUUAAAAUUCCAUAAUUCAUGGCACACUAAUUUUUGGUGUUUUUCAAUGGUUGCUAUUUUCCAUCUACUGAAGAACUUACCUUCUUACAGCUAAAAUAAUGUUAAUCAUAUCAGUCCACUGGUUGUCUAGUUUACCCAGGAGCCCUUGAUAUUUAAUGUCCUAGGCAGAAAGAUGGGUGGGAGGAAAAAAACGACAAAAGGAGAAACAACACUUUGCAGCAAAUAUUUUAAAAUUAAGUAUAUAAAAGUAAGUAAGGACAUUUUCUAACAAUUUUCAUAGUAACUCUAGUAAAUCACACUAAUAUAACUACAAAAAUGAAAUUUCUUUUUGAAAACA